AUGGCAGUAUCGGGUCCGAUCAGAACCACUGUCCCGACUGAUGGCCUGCGUUCUAAACGGUCUGCCCACCGUCUUAACCAGAUUGAGAAGAUCCGAGCCAGCGGCAUUGGCGAUUUGGUUGACUUGCCUCAGCUGGUUGUUUGCGGUGAUCAGUCUGCUGGGAAAAGCUCUGUUCUUGAGGGAAUCACUGGUAUACCAUUUCCUCGAGAAGCGGGUCUCUGCACUCGGUUUCCGACUGAGAUCAUAUUGCGCCAUUCCAAUGAGCCGUUAAAAGCCAAGGCAUUCAUUCGUCCUCAUUCUGGUCGUUCCGCCGAUGUCGCACAAACCCUUCGCAACUAUGAGCGUGAGAUGAAAGAAGACCUCUCGGACCUUCCAGUUGCCAUUGAAGAGGCAUCUAAGCUCAUGGGAAUCCGCGGUUUUACCGGUUCUUCGAACGAUCCGGCCUUCGCUUCAGAUGCCCUCCGCAUCGAAGUUACAGGUCCAAUCGGACUACAACUCAGUGUCGUCGACCUUCCUGGCCUCAUCUCUGUUGCCAACGAGGAACAGUCCGAAGGAGAUGUUGACACUGUCCAUGCCAUGGUCAGGAGCUACUUGUAUAGCACCAGAACUAUUAUUCUCGCUGUUGUUCAAGCUAGUAACGACAUCGCAAACCAAGGCAUCAUCAAGAUCGCCCGCGAGUACGACCCAGACGGCCAACGUACUGUGGGAAUUAUCACCAAGCCCGAUCUUAUCAACACCGGCAAUGAAGAUAAGCUUGCUAAAACUGCAAAGAAUCAAGACACUAUCAAGUUGAAGCUUGGUUUCUUCCUGCUCAAGAAUCCAAGCCCUGCGGAGAUGAAGGCCUUGGGUGCGAAGCUGAACCGCUCUGAGCUGGAGGCAAAGUUCUUCACCUUGCCUGCUUGGAAAGUCCAAGACCUUGAUAUGGCCCGUGUCGGUAUAGAAAACCUCAAGAUCUUCUUGCAACAACUCUUAGAUGAACACCUUGAGAAGGAGUUACCGAAGGUCAAGGUUGAGAUUCGGCGGGUCCUAGCAUCAAAAGAGGACGAACUCGAGGCGAUUGGACCAGAGCGCCGGUCUCUUGGUGACAUCCGCUCAUUUAUGAUACAUUUGAGCAUGCGAUACUACACGCUUGCUCAGGCCGCCCUCGAAGGAAAUUACCACAGCUCAGAUGUGCACUUUUUUGACAAAAGAAAUGGCACCCGUCUCCGUUCUCUUAUUCAUCAACAAAACGGCCAAUUUGCCGCACUAAUGCGUAGUCGGGGUCAUAAACGAACAAUAGUGAACGAUCCAAAUCGUGAGGCAAAUAAAUCCAGCGAUAUUAAUGCAAAUGCGCAGCUCACAGUUACAAAAGACGAGAUGAUUAUGUGGAUUCAGCAAACUUAUUUACAGACCAGGGGCCGGGAGCUUCCUGGUAACUACAGUCACGUUUUGCUUGCCGAGCUUUUUCAUGAACAGUCAGGUCCAUGGCGCCAGAUUUCAGAGGACCACCUUUCUGGAGUUAUGGACGGCGUCUGCAAAUGGCGGUUAGAAAAAUUCAGAACUCACGCUUUUGAAGAGUUACGCAAGAUAUUGCUUGAUGAAGAAAGACAUCCCAUUACGUACAACCAUUACUAUACCGACAACAUACAGAAAGCUCGCAGAGACUACCAUAAUUCGGCUCCCAAAGAUGCUAUAGAUCCCAUGGCUCCUUCCAAAUCAAGAUUGGACCUUGAGUCUCGCCCAGACGACUGUAACCCGCUUGCAGAUGCGUUACAGCCUAAAAUGUGUGUCAAUAUGGAUCAUCAGGCUUGUGAAGAAGCUCUGUCUGGGUUGAAUGCCUAUUACAAGGUUGCAAUGAAGACUUUUAUAGACAAUGUUUGCAAGCAGGUUGUUGAGCGUCACAUCUUGGUGCCGCUGCCAGAAAUUUUCUGCCCAACUACCGUCUCUCAAUUUUCUGACGAUGACCUGCUUCGCAUUGGUUCUGAGCCGGAGACCCAGACUACUCGGCGCCAAAAGCUAGUCACGGAAAUCCAUGGACUUCGGAACAGUCUCGUUGAUUUGCAGGGCUUAAUAACCUAG